UCCGCGACCUCCCGCCGAGGGCCAGCCCCUGGCCUGGCCAAGCCCCGUGCGCUGCGGGCGCUGCGCCCUAGCCAGCUGCGCUCGCCGAUCGCCGCCCGCUCCCCCGAGGCCUUGGCGCCGCCGCCAGGGCGCGGGGCAGACAAAGGAGGCAGACAAAGGCGAGCGCAGCCCCGCGGCCGUGUGGGCACCGGGCGAGGCGGGCCCGCUCCUCCGGGAAGGACCCUGGAGCAGCACUGCUGCCCGCCCCCUCCGCUUGCUCACGACACAGACAAGUCCUCAUUAGGCUCGUCCGCAGAAAAAAAAGACGGCCAGGAACCCACACGUAUUCUGAAGAUUUAUUGAGUCAACUCCCAGACACCCAGCCCAGCGCCUACUGGCUGCAGCUUCCAAAGGUCAGCUAUUGAGAAGAAACCAUGGGACACUUAGUUCUCUAGGGAGGUCAAGCCCCGAUGUUACUUGAGUUUCGGGUCGGGGUGGAGCGUCUCGGUUGCUUCUUACCGUUCCCUGUCCCCGCCCCCAAGCCUGCGGAUUCGCUUUCGGUUGGGCAAGCUAAGAGUCCGGGGACGUUGACGCUGGACUAGCAGCAGAUGUCGCUGCCCUCCCUUGGUACCCAGCUGUGCUUGCAGCAGGUUCUCACUUGCAACUACUAAAGAGAAAUGUCCGGGAGGAGAAAACACAGCGAUCAUACGCAGAGGCCAUGGAAAUCUCUUGAUCGCUCCCACCUGAAAUCCAAAGGCGGUUUAGCUCGUUCCUUGGAGAUUCCUGUAGCUCAGGCGGGGCUCCGCCCCUAAGCUCCACCCCCGAGCCUGCCCCGCCUCUCCCAACAGGGCGAGGUUCUGAUUGGACAGCUCCGGGGUAGGCGUGGCUUAUGGUUGUGCUGGGACCGCGGGAGCACCGCGGUGGUUACUGAGGCCAGGGGAUUCUGGAGUAGCGCGUUAGGGGUCUCAGACGGUGGUUUCUAUAGCCCGGUCGUAGAUUGGAACCUGAGGUCGAAACCGGAGCCGGCGAAUCGGGGAGGAGCGUAGAGAGGGCGGGAUUUCCGCCGAGAGGGAUCCGGCUGCUCAGGGGGCGGGGCUUCCCCCGACCGGGCUGCGUUUCCCGCGUGCGGGGUCGGUUGCCUUGAGUCCCUACAGACACCCUCCACGCCCUCCCCCAGGCGGCCAAGGAUGACCACCCUCACGCGCCAAGACCUCAACUUUGGCCAAGUGGUGGCUGACGUGCUCUCCGAGUUCCUGGAGGUGGCCGUGCACCUGAUUCUCUAUGUGCGCGAGGUCUACCCGGUGGGCAUCUUCCAGAAGCGCAAGAAGUACAACGUGCCGGUUCAGAUGUCCUGUCACCCGGAGCUGAACCAGUACAUCCAGGACACACUCCACUGCGUCAAACCUCUCCUGGAGAAGAACGAUGUGGAGAAGGUGGUGGUGGUGAUUUUGGAUAAGGAACACCGCCCAGUGGAGAAGUUUGUCUUUGAGAUCACUCAGCCUCCCUUGCUGUCCAUCAAUUCAGACUCCCUCCUGUCUCAUGUGGAGCAGCUGCUUCGAGCCUUCAUCCUUAAGAUUAGUGUGUGUGAUGCUGUCCUGGAUCACAACCCUCCAGGCUGCACAUUUACAGUCCUCGUGCACACAAGAGAAGCUGCUACUCGAAACAUGGAGAAGAUACAGGUCAUCAAGAUGAACAGGAUGUCCACAUGCACGACCCCCGCUUGAUACCCCUAAAAACCAUGACGUCGGACAUUUUAAAGAUGCAGCUCUACGUUGAAGAGCGAGCGCAUAAGAACAGCUGAGGGCAUGCCUGUCACCAGCUACCCAGCUGUCCCACUACGGGGCCCCAGCCCGGGGCCCCAGACUCCAAGUGCUCUUAUUGCCUUGACAUGUGGCUGCCCCUCUGGUCAGGCUGCCCAGUCCUGCUUGCCUUCGUGAGGCAGCCUUCCCAGGAGCUGGGGAAGGAUGCGAGGACACACGCCAUUUCUCAGCAGCCUCCUGGGCUCAGCUGGCUAACAUUGUCCACUGUGCCAUGCGUUAUUGUUAAUAAAGUGGCCCCAAGGGCUGACUACCUUGUCAUUAACCAAA